CUAUCCCAUCCCAUCCCAUCCCUCCAGUGUCCAGUGUCAUCCUAACCCCAUCCUCAUCCUCUUCCUCCUCAUCAUCUCCAACUCCCACUCUAGCGGAUAUCCAACCACGUCAACAAUGUUCUCGUGGUAUCGGCACGGUACCUGACGCCAACCACCACCCCUCCUCCUCCUCCUUGUCCCCACCCCCACUGGUCCAAUUCCUUCAUACAGCACAGUACUCUGUACAGCACAGCACAGCACAGCACAGCACAGCAGCAACAGCGGCCACAAUAACAACAAGGCCAUACAGCUCUAGCUCAAGCUCCUCCAAGCUUCCCCUUCGGCGCCGACGGUGGCACUUCGGUCGUAGCUGCCGUUCUCGAAACAACAAUCAAACUUCUGCUUCUUCGACCAACGGCAUCAGAUCAGUAAUAUCUGUCUAUAUCUGUCUGUAUCUGCAUCUGUAUCUGCAUCAAUUGGUAUCAGAAACAACCACAGCAACAGCAUGGCUGACCCACCGUCACGCCGUGCCCCAUCCAAUCCUGCUGCUGGUGCUGCCUCUUCUUCCGCUUCUGCUGGUGCUGGUGCUGCUGGUACUGCUUCUGCUUCCGACUCUGUUGCGGCAACCACUGCGGCGUCCACUGCUUCCGCCAACGCAAUCCCACCUCCUCCACCGCUACCACCACCCCAACCCAAAACAACCUCAUACUUCUCCCGAUUCGUGACCCAACCGUUGACCGCAUACGGCUCACGGCCUGCCAGCUCCCAAACGAAUCGCCCCGAAAGUGGGCGUCCCAAUCCGCUCGUACCAAGAUUGCCCGGCAUCCGCACUGGCUUGUCGCAAGAUGCAAGCCAUAAAACGGGCCUUGAUAUCUCCGCCCUCGAUAUCAACCGCGAUAGGACCCACGCUGUCCUCGCCGGCAAGGAGAUUCUCAAGACUGUCCGCGUCCAAGAUGCAAGGAUCGUCGAAGAGACGAACCUGCGCGCCGCCGUCAUCAAUGCUGCUGAGCAUAGCACUUCCCACGCCCGGCAGCGUGAGGGACUUACCAUCCAUGAUGUGAAGUGGUCCCAUGGCCAGUUCAACACGCAUAUUGCAACCGCCGCCGCAAAUGGAAAGAUCAUCCUGUACGACCUGAAUAGAGCUGGCGUCGAGUUGGCUCGUUUACACGAACACACUCGCCAGGUCCACAAGAUUGCUUUCAACCCCCAUCAAGGCCAUUUACUGCUGUCCGCAAGCCAUGACGCCACCGUGCGUCUGUGGGACUUGAGAGACAUGAAAAAGGAUAUCAUGACCUGUCCGAGUAGAGAUCAGUACGCCGGUAUCAACGGUGGCAUUCGUGAUGUCCAAUGGUCCCCCACUGACGCCGUAGAGUUCGCUUUCGGGACUGACAAUGGCACCAUCCAGCGAUGGGACUUUCGGCACAGCAAGGGUCCAAAGCAGAAGAUCACGGCCCACGAUCAGCGGAUAUGCACCUCGAUCGACUGGCACCCGGACGGCAAGCACCUGCUCAGUGCAGGCGUCGAUAAGACCGUCAAGGUCUGGGACUUCUCUGUAGACGGCCGGCGCCAGAAGCCCGCCUUCGUGCUGACCGCGCCUUACCCUGUCUAUAAGGCAAGAUGGAGGCCACCCUACUGGUCCGACGAAUACCACGAAAAGGGAGUGUAUCAGUGCACGCAGCUGGCAACAUCUUACGACAGGGACCAUCCUGCCAUACACGUAUGGGACUUUCGGCGUCCUUACCUUCCGUUUCGGGAGAUCACCAAAUUCCCCAGCGCACCAUCUGAUAUGCUUUGGCACUCGCGUGAUAUACUUUGGACCGUCGGCAGAGAAGGUGUCUUCCAGCAGAAUGAUGUUCAUUUGGCCCCCAAGAUCGUGGAUCGCCGCAACCUGCAGGCUUUUGCAGUAUCGCCAAGUGGCGAGAUGGGUGGAUUUGCGCAGCGAAGGGCCCGGCACCAUCCGCCAGGCCUCGACUACUCGACUGAUGACACGUACUUAGGCGAGAAACGCAGCCCUGAGAAGAACAGCCUGCGAAGUUCCGCGGAUGACAGUCUGGAUGACAGCUUCCUUAGCUCCUCCAUCAAGAAGCAUCAUGGGCGUACAGCGAGCAAUCGUUCGACAAAGUCAUUUGGAAGUAACCCUCCAUCAGACAUAGUACCCAAGGUCAUGUUUCUCACCGAUUCUAUGGCCAUGCAUAAUGACUCCUUCAAACCAAAUCAGCUCGCUUUCCGUGGCAUGCUGCCUGGUGCACCGAGCAUCCAGGUGUUUUCAUAUCUUGCCCAGAAGUACAGGGCAAUUCCCCUUCCCGACCCUCCUACCUUGCAAUCCUUUGCCGACGUCCAGCAUGUGUUUGACCAGAAUGCCGAAUAUGCACAGCGAGCCGCGUUCUACAGGCAAGCUGAGACUUGGAGGAUAGUUGGGUUGUCAAUUGCGGUUGCGACCAGGCGCCGGGCAGAGUUGCACAGACAACAGCGUUUAUUGCAGCUUAAGCCUGCCGCAGUAGUGCCACCUGCCGCUGAUGUAGCAGACACUACCGCUUCGAAGCCUGUGAUGGCACAUGACACAGUGCCCGCUCAUCCGCCUCCACAGAACCCUGCCGUGCGUGCCAUCCUAGGUGCUCCUGACAAACCACAGGCGUCUCACAAUACAGUUCAAUUGCUCUCUGCAAACGAGAGUACUUCGAACCUCCCAACCCCGCUUGCGCGACCUCUCACAAGCUCUGGAGCAAAUGAUGCGGCUUCGCGUCAGUUGUCUCAGCUUCCCGAUCCGGAGCAUGAAGAAGAGAUCAAGCUUCCACCAGCCAUUGCAGGCCCGCAUUCCACGGCAGGGAAGGAAACGGCGGCCCAAAGAGACGAGGAUCCCACGAUUGCCGCGGAUCGACCCAACUUCAGCGGCCCACAUUGGUAUUCGUCCAACGACCUGGACGAACGUCGAGCCAUGGUCGGCAGUUGGCGGGCUCCACCGCGAGCACCGCUGAGUCUGGAGCCUACCGAUUCUCACGGGAUCAACAUCCACAUACCGCCUCGACUGGAUCGCCACAAUUCGGACGAAAGCUUUGGCAUGUUUUCUGCCUCCACUGACUCGCAGCGGGGUACUUCGAUCCCGGACUCAUUUGCUAGUGGGAAGUCCCAAUCCCAGAGCAUGGAGUCAAUACCAGAAGCGUGGCAGCAUCCUCCUGCAGGCUCUAGUUUUGGGCCGCCAAGAUCUGCAGAGCUAGUUCAAAUCUUGAAUGAGCGGGCUGCUGGAACCUCGGCCUUGGGUAAAAGCAUUCAGGUAUCCCCCACGACCAUUCCGAUUGGUAUGUCAGAAAUCGGCAGGGACAUACCCUCCGUACGGGGCGGUCAGCAGCAAGGUUCGGCCCGUAACGGGACGGCACAGUCGAUCGAAUAUAGCAGUCAAGAACGUGCUGUCCAAGAUAUAGAGAACUUGCGCCGCAACAAUCAGCUCCUGCGUCAUGAUAGCUCCGAAUCAGAGGCCUACUUGAGCAGCAGAGACGGAGCAUCCAUGUCUCGAGACUACAGCAUUGACAUGGAAGCCAGCGGGACGAUUGUGCCUGAAUUCCAUGAGGAGCCUCGAUCCCCGCAGGGCCAGAGGCUUCCUGCAGCCCUGCACCAUGCAACGGAGAGUGCUCCUCCGGCACUUGACCCGUCAGCCGAGCAAGGAAUUCUAUUGUCAGACUAUCAAGCCAUGCGUAUUGACGCAGAGGAAGGAUCGGCAUUCUCAGUGAUCGGCCUCGUAAACAACAUCUUGACCUUCAACACGACUACUCUGUUCGAGGCGCAGAUGUCGUCGCUCUUACUGCUGCUCCUCACACCUCUGCUGCCACAAGCUGCUUCGCCUGGGCAGUCUAGCUUCGAUGAUGCCGAGGUCCAAGCAAUCUUUUCAGACACACUGUCUGGGCUGGGACUGACGCCCACUCAGGUCCAAACCGUGAUUUCUACCCAACUGACCGAUCUGCUGGCGACAGGCAUCAAUCUAUUUCAGGCAGAAGCCAUUUUGCACACGUACCACUCUCAAUUGCAUAGCUUCUCUCUGUAUAAUUCGGCUGCAUCUCUUCGUCGUCUCGCAUACCCUACCUACCCUGCUGUAUACGAGCAGGCGCUGAAGGAUACUCAGCUUGGCCUACUGUGUUUGAGCUGCAAGUCACCAAUUAACAAUCCCCAGGAUAAGAUGCGAUGCGAGAGCUGUAAGCGAGCUCAGGCACCUUGUCCUAUAUGCUGGGGUCGAUAUCCAGCCUUCGAACCCGUGUCGUCCAAAAAGUCAAAGUCAAAGUCACGUUCGAGCUUGAAGGAGAGGGAUUACGGCCGGAAACGGUCUUCCCUACCGCCCGUUUCUGGCUUUGACCAACAUACAUCUGUAGAACACGAAUCGAGCCCAUCCGUGCCAGAGAAGCCCACCCCUCCCAAAGCGACAUUGUGGACGUGGUGCCCGUUGUGUGGCCACGGCGGUCAUACGAACUGCCUUUCCACAUGGUUUGCGGACUCUUCGCUAUCAGACGGAGCCUGUGCAACAGAAGGCUGCCUCUGUGACUGUGUUCGCGGUAACAGACGAGACGCUAAGAUCGAAGAGCUUCUGGCGAAGAAAGCAGAGAAAGAGAGAAUGAAGGUUGUCAGAAAAGGUGACGACUGGAAAGUUUCCGAAAGCAAGGCCGUUUCUGCUGUACGAGGAACCUUCGGGCAAUCUGGUGCGGUGUCAAAGGACGCAGCACAGAACGAACCGCCGGCGGUGGCCAAGAGAGAUGAUGGACGACGAGUCCGAGUCGUUGGACCCCAGGACGAACGCCACUAGUACACAGCAUCAACUCAAAUUCCCCCGGACGAGCCAAUACUGGGCCGGCAAAAUGCCUGGGUGCUACUCGGAAUUCAGCCGUGCCUCCGACUAUCUAUCUUUGUGU